AUGAAAGCCAGGGAGAUGAAAGAAGAAAUUAAGAAGAAAUUUUUAUGCAUUGUGUCUAAGGGACAAUGCUAUAGGGCUAAGAGGAAAGCACAAGAGAUUUUAACUGGAAAGUUAUCAGAGCAUUAUGCUCGUAUAUGGGAAUAUGGAGGAGAGAUCAUCAGAUCAAACCCUGGUAGUACAACAAAGGUUGGAGUUGAUAUCAAAGAAGAUGGUAGCAGUGUUUUUAAAAGAUUCUAUGUAUGUUUUAAGGCUAUAAAGGAUGGUUGGAUUAGGGGUUGCAGGAGAGUCAUUGGACUAGAUGGUUGUUUUCUAAAAGGGCAAUGCAAAGGGGAGUUACUCACUGCAAUAGGUAGGGAUGGGAACAACCAGGUAUAUCCAAUAGCCUGGGUUGUGGUUGAUGUUGAAAACAAGGACAACUGGGAGUGGUUUAUUAAGUUGCUUGUGAAAGACCUUGGCUUAGAGUUAGGUGAAUGGUUGACAGUUAUUUCUGAUCAACAUAAGGGAUUAGUAGAGGCUGUAAAGGAGAAUUUACCAUUAGUUGAGCAUACGCAGUGUGCCAGACAUGUGUAUGUCAACUUUAAAAAGGUGUACAAUGGGAUUGAUUACAAGAGACAUUUUUGGGCAGCUUCAAUGUCAACCACAAAGUCAUCUUUUCUUGAGACAAUGGAGGAACUCAAAGAAAUGAAUGGGGGUGCUUAUGACCAUCUCAUGGCAAGGAACCCAUAGAGUUGGAGCAGAGCAUUUUAUAAGGAAGGUAGAGCAUGUGAAGC